GUAAUUGCGCAUGCGCAGUACACUCUAAACAGUAAACAAGACAUUGCUAAACACAAAGAAAUCAUUUUAUUUUUAUGCUUUGAUUAAUAUCUGCAGACAUUAAUCUUUACAGAAUCAUACUUAAUUGAAUAAAUUCUUAAAUGACAAACUUUUAAUAUCUAAACGAUAAAGCUAAUAAUAGUUACAUCAACUACCAGCUGAGAUGAGCGAAGAAAUUUUAACUGGUUAUCAGACUUUGAAGACAAAUGAAGAGGAUUCACCACCUAGUCCAAAAAUAGUUGAACACUCAAGCCAAAAGAAAAGCACUAGAUGGAGUCAUAUACAAAAUUUGGAUGAAUUUUUUACUCGGGUAUAUCAAUAUCAUCAAAGAGGUGGAUUUUUGGCAAUGGUUAUUGAAGAUUGGAUGCAGCUAUUACAAUUCGCGUUUAUUAUUGGCUUUUCUUCUUUCCUUUUGAAAUGUGUCAAGUAUGAUGUACUUUUUCAUGAAACCAAAUUGCUAAAUGGAACAGAAAAAGUUACUUUGAGUGAUGGCGUUUUCAGUGUUGAGCAAUGUUUUGAAAGAUUCGAUCCUCUAAUGAUAAUAGUUCUAAUUGUGGCUGUGGUUUUGGCUUUACUGAAAACAUGCAGAAAUAUUUACAAUUCGUUUCAAUACUAUGACAUGCGUAAUUUUUACUCCCAAGUCUUAGAAAUUACAUCACAAGAUCUGGGGAGUUUUACUUGGCAUGAAAUACAGUCAAAGUUGCUUUUAGGACAAACCGAACAUCAUUUAUGCAUUCAUAAACAUGACCUGACUCAGCUAGAUAUUUAUCAUAGAAUUUUGCGGUUCAAAAAUUAUGAAGUGGCUAUGAUUAAUAAAAAAGUUAUAAAUUUACAAUUUAAGCUUCCCUUUCUUGGAGAAUGUGUCCUCUUCAGUAAUACUUUGAAAUAUAAUUUGGAGAUAAUUCUCUUUUGGGGUCCUUGGAGUCCAUUUGAAAAUCAUUGGCAUUUGAAGUCAGAUUAUAGAAAUUAUCAUAAGCGCAAAGAAUUGGCUGCACAAUAUGCAGAGUUAUGUAAAAGAGAUCCUAGCAUACUGGGAUUAAGAAUGUGGUCGCUUUAUUCUCGCUUAUACUUAAGACACUUUAAUGAACUGGAACAUGAAUUUAUGUCAAGGCUGAAUAGAGCCUAUAAGUAUUCAGUCCGAUACAUGGAUUCCUUUACACUUCCAAUUACAGUAAUUUUUGCUAAAUACACCGUGUUUUUUUGUGGAAGUAUUCUCAUCGUUUUCGUAGUUUUAACCGUGAUAGAUGAAGAUAUUCUAGCAGUUCAGCAUGUUAUAGGCACUAUGACAGUGCUAACAAUAAUUUGCUCUAUUGGAAGGGCAUGUAUACCGGACGAAAAUAUGGUUUGGAGUCCGGAGAUACUCAUGCGAAGUAUUUUAAGUCAAAUACACUAUAUGCCUGAACACUGGAAGGGACAAGCUCACAAAUUUCCUGUACGAGAUGAAUUUUCGCAGCUAUUUCAGUAUAAGUUUAGCUAUUUACUAGGCGAGCUAUUUAGCCCAAUAACCACUCCCCUUGUGCUCAUUUUCUCCUCACGUAACAAAGCCCUUGAUAUUGUUGAUUUCUUUCGGAAUUUUACUGUUGAAGUGACUGGUGUCGGGGAUGUUUGUUCAUUUGCCCAAAUGGAUAUAAGAAAACACGCAAGUCCUGAAUGGAUGGUUUCAGAGACAUCGACAGAAGCUAAUGAUUACCGACAAGCUGAAAAUGGAAAAGCCGCUCUGUCUUUAAUUCACUUUAAAUACACAAAUCCAGAAUGGGUUCCACCAGAAGACGAGAGCAAAUUUUUGAACUCAGUUAGAGCACACAUGACGAGGGAUGUUGCACAACUGGGAUUGAAUCCAGGUGCUGAAGCAAUGUUCAAUUCAAUGCGAAGUUCGGAUGGUUUACCCUCAAUUUCUCAACCUAACUUAGCUGACGAUGGAGUUAGGGUGAGAGGAGCUCAUCAUAUAGAGGGUCCUCUGAGCAAUAGCUUGAACUCUUUUGCUAGUUUGGGAACAAUUCAAAAGAAUCCUAACGAAGAGCAAAUAGAAAUUUUGACAAAUGAGAUGAAUCUGUCCGCUCUUUAUCUUCAUGACAUAAGACGACAGAAAAAGAAAGUUCAACGCGAGCCUUUCAUAUCAGGGAUAUCAGAACAGGAAAGUCUGCGAACUGCCAUGUCUCAUAUUAGGGAAGAACCUAGUGAGACGGAUUGGCCAUCCCUGAAACUACCAUCGUCUGUUCAAUCUGGAAAAGAGUUGUUUAGAACAUCUCUGACUUCGUCUACUAGAACAAUAGAUGAACAAAAGCCGCUGCUGCAGUAUGAUGAAAGAGACGAAGAUGACAUUGUGUGA